AUGCUUUGCCAACAGUGCCAGCGUAUGUUCCAAGGCCCCGAGUGGGCCACCCAUCAUGCGGAUGUUGCAUCUCUCAGCGAAGCUGCUGCAAGUGGCUGUUCGAUCUGCCAUCCAUUCAUGCAUCAGCUUGUCCAGAAAUAUGGCGACCCCAAGAACGUCUUUAUCAACCCCAUGAGUUACCGCAUCUACCAAGACGAAAGACAGGCACAGAUAGUACUUGACUUGGAUUUCUCGAGGGAUGGAAACGACGUCAUGGAGUGCCAGUCUUUGGUGGCCAUCCCAAGUGAGACCGUCACCUUCAACCCGACCAUUCGCGAGAGACGCUCAUCUCUUCCGCUGCAACUCGCCGUGACCGCGGCCAAAGGUUGGUUGACAGACUGCCAAGAGGGUCAUGGCCAACGGUGUCGAAAGAAUACCAACCCUUCCUACUACCCGGAUUAUUUGCUUGAGAUUGAUGGGUCGACGGUGCGACUGAUUUCUCCCGCCGACAAGGAACUCUCGGAUCCCUACGUAGCAGUGAGCUACUGUCGAGGCUCGAAUCCUGGCUUUCUUCAACUGUCUGCUUCCACCAUGACGCAGCUCCAGAAUGGGAUCUCGCUUACCGAGCUUCCAGUUGCUUUUAGGGAGGCGGCCGAACUCGUUCAAAGCCUAUUCAUUCGCUAUCUCUGGUUCGACGCCUUGUGCAUAAGCCCGGAUUCUAAAAGCAGCGAAGAUCAGGUACAACAGACUUAUACCAAUUGCCUUUUCAACCUUGCUCUUGCGAGACCAGAAUCGCCCAAUGAGAGCUGCCUUGGGGCAUGUCCACCGCACGCAAAGCUCCCAUUCCAAGUGGAUACUACGGGCCUAAUCGGAGAAGACAGAAAUGCCAAAACAACAGCCACCGUGGUCCCAUGGGACUACUUCGAAAGCUCCCUCUACCACCAGCCACUCGCUUAUCGAGCCGACAGCGUGCAGGAGCGGUUCUGGUCUCCGCGCGUCCUCAGCUUCGGUCUGGGAGAGUUGUUCUGGAGCUGCACCCAGCUUUCGAAUGCCAGCGAGUCCCUUCCGCGAGGCCCUGCGCAUCUCGCCGAAGAGUUUGAAUUAAUGCAGAAGGCAGUCCCGGAUACUUCUGAUCCAGAAAGACUUGGAGAGUUUUGGUGGAAGACCCUGGAGGAAUAUACUGAUGGCGAGCUGGAUUGUCCGGAAGCAGGUCGCUUAGCUGGCGUUUCGACUAUCGCCAGUCAAUUGGCCCUCUACAUGGACGACCUGUAUGUUCACGGCCAUUUCGCGAAAAUGCUCCCAUGGAGUCUUAAUUGGCGCGUGGAAGUCCCACCGUUGGAGGAUAGGCGAGGUGUUCGAAGAGCACGUAAGAUAGACGCGGCGAAGCACAUAACUCCGUCCUGGAGCUGGGCUUCAAUGGAUGGCACAUUAUACUUCUUUCGUCUGAUGGAGUGCACCACUUUGGCGGAGAUUGCCAACCCAUCAAGCUUGAUCGAGACAGGUUUCUCCAAACUUGCUAUCACAACAUUCUGUAUGGAGGUGGAUUGGACAGACGGGAUUCCUGUCAUUCAGCAUGAGUUCUGGAGAACAGAUGGCGAACGAUUUCACUGGCUCCGGGUCGAUCUCGACGAUGAGCGUUUGACGCCCAAGCCAGGCGCUCGGCAUCUACUCGCAGCCUUGAUCGAGGACGAUUGGCUGGGGAAAUGGGAGGGAUUACUUGUGGAGGAAGUGAGCGUGGGUGGCGCAUGUUCUUACAAGAGAAUCGGUCAUUACAUUCUUGAUCGAAAGCAAGGGGAUGAGGAGCGAGGGCGGUGGAAGGAGGACUUCAGAUUGCUGUCUGGAGAGCGACAGGAGAUAGUGCUGGUAUAA